UCGCCAUGACCACCCAGAUCAAAGCAGAUAUGCAUGGGACGGAUGUCAGUCCUGACAGAGACCAACAUGGAAAGAUAAAUAUCAGAGGCAACUGGGGAAGCAAAACUGAAUACAUCUUGACUGUGAUGGGAGCCAUUAUUGGACCUGGCAAUGUGUGGAGGUUUCCUUACCUGUGCUAUAAAAACGGGGGAGGUGUUUUCUUCAUCCCUUACCUGCUAUUCCUGCUCACCUGUGGAAUUCCUCUCUUCUUUAUGGAGACUGCUCUGGGACAGUAUACCAGUCAGGGAGGCAUCACCUGCUGGCGUAAGAUCUGCCCGCUAUUUCAGGGCGUAGGUUAUGCCAGUCAUCUAAUCAUCGGGUUCAGUGCCACCUCCUAUAUUGUGAUCCUGGCAUGGGCCUUUUUCUACCUCUUUUCCUCCUUUAGUGCAGAACUGCCCUGGACAAACUGUGACAACAGCUGGAACACUGAGUCCUGCAUGCGCAACACAAAGGAUGUGUCCUCAAACAACACCACCGGAGGCAAUGGAACACUGCCUGUAGUGGAAUUUUGGGAGAACCGAGUAUUACGCAUAUCCAAGGGAAUAGAAGAAAUCGGGAGUGUAAACUACGAGCUGGCGCUGUGUCUGCUCCUGACCUGGGUGAUCGUCUACUUCUGCGUGUGGAAGGGCAUUAAGUCCACGGGGAAGGCUGCGUACUUCACGGCCACGUUCCCUUAUCUUACCCUGCUGGCUCUGCUCAUCCGUGGCAUCACCCUCCCCGGGGCCAUGAAUGGCAUUACCUACUACCUCUACCCCAACAUCUCACGGCUGUCCGACCCACAGGUUUGGAUGGAUGCAGGCACGCAGAUCUUCUUUUCCUAUGCAAUCAGCUUGGGCUUUCUCACAUCUCUGGGCAGCUACAACAACUUCAACAAUGACUGCUACAAGGACUCGUUCCUGUUAUGUCUGCUGAACAGUGGUACCAGUUUCAUUUCCGGCUUUGCCAUCUUCUCUAUACUGGGGUUCAUGACCCACGAACAGGGUGUGAACAUCUCAGAGGUGGCCGAUUCUGGUCCUGGAUUAGCAUUCAUUGUGUACCCAAGGGCUGUGGCCAUGAUGCCAGUGCCACAGGUGUGGUCGGCUUGUUUCUUCCUCAUGAUCAUCCUCUUAGGCUUGGACAGCCAGUUUGUAGGCUUGGACUGUCUGAUGACCUCAUUGGUGGAUAUAUUCCCCACCCAACUCCGCAAGGGCUUCAGGCGGGAGCUGCUCCUGCUGGCUAUCUGCACCGGGGCUUUUCUGAUUGGCCUCAGCUUUGUGACAGAGGGGGGACUGUACAUUCUACAGCUGAUGGACCAUCACGUGUGCAGCGGAACCACUCUUCUCAUCCUGUCCCUCUGUCAAUCCAUCAGCAUAGCCUGGGUCUACGGUGCUGAACGCUUCUAUGGGAACAUAACUGAGAUGAUCGGGUACAAACCAGCACCUGUGAUGAAGUACUGCUGGCUCUUCAUCACUCCUACAGUGUGUGUGGGCACAUUGAUUUUCUCCAUUGUGAGGUACUCUCCUCUGAAAUUCAGCCACACGUAUGUGUACCCUGUUUGGGCCAACGUCAUUGGCUGGUUCUUAGCCUUCAUCUCUCUUUCUCUCAUCCCAAUCUGGAUCAUCUACAAACUGUUUGUGGGCAAAGGCCCCCUGAAAGAUCGAUUUCUCCAACUUUGCCGUCCAGUGGAUGAUCUCCCUCUGGACCACGCGUACAAACCUGCCAACUUCCACCUAACUGUCUCAUCCAAUGGUGUUUCUGACGUGAACUUAUUGAUGAAAUAA